GCCAACUCGUGGCGUCCGUUUGGAAAAUUUAAAGGCUCUCUAGCUUCAACAGAAUCACCAGUACUCCAGAAUCUGUAUUCAGUGAAAAUAAAAGCAAAAUUGCUCUGAAAAACCAAAGCCAGUCGAUCUCGAUUGUACAACGAACGGAUCGCGGUAAUUGAUCUCGAAGUCGGUAGUGAAUAAUGGUGUUUAAGACGGGAAAUCUUCAAGUGGCUAGUGGCAAAUCCUCUAGUUCUCUGGCUUAUAAUGAGCCCAAUUGUGAAGAUGGCAAGAAAACUGAAAAAUAUACAACACAGUCAAAUGAUUCUGCGCAGGAAGACAACAAUUCUGAUAUUGUAUCGGAGUUAACUGGACACAUUGGGAAAUGGCAAUUGAUGUGGGCAUUCUUUCUGUCUCUCUUCCAAUUUCCCUCAACUUUUCACCUUUUCGCAUUUGUUUUCGAGGGAGCUACAAAGGACUUUUGGUGUGCUGCUCCUGAUCACCUCAAAUCAAUUCCUACGAAUAUUUGGCGGAAUAUUACUCAACCUAAAAAUAGUUGCAGCAUAAUCGAUGUAAAUUUCAAUGAAAUCUCAGCGGAGAACUUUACAGAAAUGCUGAGUAAUGCAUCCAGCAAGACCUUAGUUGAAUGCAAGUCUUUUGAGUAUGACAUGGACCUGAUAGGGAAAACAAUUAUCUCGGAAUGGCAGCUAAUCUGUAAUAAAGCCACUAUGGUGAGCAACGUGGAGAUGUGCUUCUUGGCAGGCGCAGCCGUCGGAAGUGUGUGUAGUGGAUGGAUAUCUGAUCAGUUUGGCCGAAGAUUCACCCUCAUGUCUUUUGCCACAGUUCAAUGUUGUAUUGGGAUUUUGCUCGCCUUCGCCUCAUCACUGUCCACAUUCAUGGUUCUGAGGUUUAUCAGCGGUGUCGCUUCAAUGGGGGUUCUGGUUGUCAGUUUCGUUCUUGUGGUGGAACUAGUGUCCGGCAAGUAUCGAACCAUCAUUGGUAUCCUCAACCUCCUGCCGCUGUCCAUCUCAUACAUGGUCAUCGCUGGAAUCGCAUAUGCGGCACGUGAUUGGAGGACGAUCCAACUCAUCGGCUCGGUGCCCUGCCUCCUUCUCCUCAUAAUGUGGCUUAAUGUACCCGAGUCCCCGCGAUGGUUGCUGGCAAGAGGUAAAAUGGAAGAGCUCAAAGAGAUUAUCAAUCGAAUUGCUGUGAGGAAUAGGAUCACUCUUCCGGACAACUAUGAGAAAUUACUAAUAUCGCCAUCCGAUGUGAACGAUACAGUUUCCAUAUUGGAUCUAUUCAAGGGGAAAUAUCGCAGGACCACUCUCUUAAUGAUUGUGAUUUGGUUUUCACUCGUCCUCCUCUACUUUGGUAUCACUCUUCAUAUGAAUAAUUUGGGUGGAGAUAUAUACAUAAACACCAUUAUUGCCGGUGCGGUGGAGGGUGUGGCUAUCCUAUGCAGCAUCAUCGUCGUUCUCAAAUUAGGAAUCAGAAUUAACUUAGUUAUAUACAUGCUUGUCGCCGGAUUAGCUUGUCUCAUGGUUAAUUUUGUGCCAGAUGGCAAUUUGUGGAUUAUAAUCACUUUAGUUAUGAUAGGAAAAUGCACAAUUGGAGCAACAAAUGCCAUCAUUCAAACCUUCACAGCAUACCAGUAUCCCACCAUGAUGAGAAAUUUAGGUGUGGGAACGGGAAAUUUCGCAGCCGGCGUAGCUUUAAUUGUCGUGCCAUAUCUCUGGCUAAUGGAGCACAUUCAAUCUUUUCUGCCAAUGACCAUUAUGGGCGGAUUUGGAAUUAUUGGAGCUGUUGCCCUUAUGCUGUUACAAGAUAGAUCUCCAAAGCCGAAAAGUCAUCAAAGGGAUCAAACGCAAAGUCCGCCGGCACAUUUGAAGAUCCGUACUGCAUUUGAUAAUUCUGCAUAUAAGCAUACAGAGACGUGAUAACCAUCUAAUCACAAUUUUCGUCUUUCAUAUAAUUUUUUAAUGGAUAUAUCUCACUCAAUAAUAUUUAAACAUCUACCACUCUAGAAGAUCGCCAAAACAUUUUUGUCGAAUAUGUAAAAUCAUUAAAAUGUGUCUUAUAACAUUACAGCAUUUCAUUUUUUAUCUAUGGAUAUUUUUCAUUGCAAUAAAAAAGCACCAUGUGAA